CAUAGGGGAAAGGGAGGAAGCCAGAUAAGUUGAGCGUUCUUGCCAGGGAGCUGGGUCGGGUGGGAGGUGCUCUGCCUCUGGCCACUCUGUGGUCCACGGGCCUGAGAGGUCCCUGCAGCCGGAUCAGGGUGAGAAGGUCUCCCUUGUGCCUUAGGCCUCAGAGAGUGUGUUGUAGCAAGAAAAGUGGUCUGUGCUGGGCAUCGGGAGACCUGGGUUGUGUGACGAGAGGACCUGGGGUCAGGUCAUCUGUCUCUGGGCUUUCUCCUGCACAAAGAGGGGGCUGGGCCAGGUGACCUCGUAGGACCCUUUCUGGGUCCUCUGCCUCUGAGGGUUUGAAGCUGAAUCGUGAUAACUGGGGAAGCCUCAUCACAGGCAUGGCUUCCUUCCUUACUCCGUGUACCAGCUGAGCCCUGCAGAGAUGUCAGACCUUGAGCAAAAAGCGUCCCUUUGCAGACUGGAUGAGGGCAUGGUGGGCAGAAGUCAGGAGAGGAGACUGACAAGGAAGGGGCCUUGGCAGGAGACAGACAGUGCACCGUUUCUCAGGCAGUUUCUGAGACACCCAGGGCGCAGGCAUGAAAAGCUCUGUUCCUGUGCAGCGUGGGCACCUCAGACAUCUGUCCUGGUGGUGGGGCUGGGGCUGGGCUGGGAACGGAAUGGGGGUGCUCCACCCUCUCAAAGUCACGGGCCCCUGCUACUCCUAAGGCCAGUCUUAAGCUCUGUGGUGAAGACAUAAGAAUACUGGCCUCUUAUUGGGGUUCCUGGGGGUCAGAGGAACACAGCCAUCGAAGGCCAUUGCUUGGCCACAUGAUGAGGCGGGGGACCCCAGGAACACCAGAGGGCCUCACACUGAUAUCCUCGUCUUUCUCCCUUUCUCCUCCUGCUCCGUUUUCCAUGGCCUGCUGCUGUUCCCUGAUCUCCAGGAAGUGGAGGAUGACUAUAUCAAGAGCUGGGAGGACAAUCAGCAAGGAGAUGAAGCCCUGGAUACCACCAAGGACCCCUGCCAGAAGGUGAAGUGCAGCCGCCACAAGGUGUGCAUCGCCCAGGGCUACCAGCGGGCCAUGUGCAUCAGUCGCAAGAAGCUGGAGCACAGGAUCAAGCAGCCCACCGUGAAACUCCAUGGAAACAAAGACUCCAUCUGCAAGCCCUGCCACAUGGCCCAGCUUGCCUCUGUCUGCGGCUCAGAUGGCCACACUUACAGCUCUGUGUGUAAGCUGGAGCAACAGGCGUGCCUGAGCAGCAAGCAGCUGGCGGUGCGAUGCGAGGGCCCCUGCCCCUGCCCCACGGAGCAGGCUGCCACCUCCACCGCUGAUGGCAAACCAGCCUCCUGGCCUGCAGGGCAGGACCCCAGACUGAGAUCGAGCCUCUGUUGCUCCACUGCACAUUCGCCCUCCAUGCCUUGUCUCUGUUCUGCAGAGACUUGCACUGGUCAGGACCUGGCUGACCUGGGAGAUCGGCUGCGGGACUGGUUCCAGCUCCUUCAUGAGAACUCCAAGCAGAAUGGCUCAGCCAGCAGUGUAGCCAGCCCGGCCAGCGGGCUGGACAAGAGCCUGGGGGCCAGCUGCAAGGACUCCAUUGGCUGGAUGUUCUCCAAGCUGGACACCAGUGCUGACCUCUUCCUGGACCAGAUGGAGCUGGCCGCCAUCAACCUGGACAAGUAUGAGGUCUGCAUCCGUCCCUUCUUCAACUCCUGUGACACCUACAAGGAUGGCCGGGUCUCUACUGCUGAGUGGUGCUUCUGCUUCUGGAGGGAGAAGCCCCCCUGCCUGGCAGAGCUGGAGCGCGUCCAGAUCCAGGAGGCCGCCAAGAAGAAGCCAGGCAUCUUCAUCCCGAGCUGCGACGAGGAUGGCUACUACCGGAAGAUGCAGUGUGACCAGAGCAGCGGUGAUUGCUGGUGUGUGGACCAGCUGGGCCUGGAGCUGACUGGCACACGCACGCAUGGGAGCCCCGACUGCGAUGACAUCGUGGGCUUCUCAGGAGACUUUGGAAGCGGUGUCGGCUGGGAGGACGAGGAGGAGAAGGAGACAGAGGAAGCAGGCGAGGAAGCCGAGGAGGAGGAGGGCGAGGCAGGCGAGGCUGACGACGGGGGCUACAUCUGGUAGACGCCCUCAGGAGCCGGCGGCCUGGGGGGACUCAACAGCAGAGCUCUGAGCAGCAGCAGGCAGCUUCGAGAACGGAUCCGGAAAUGCAGUCAGAAGGACCCUGCUCCACCUGGGGGGACUGGGAGUGUGAGUGUGCAUGGCAUGUGUGUGGCAUGGAUGGCUGGGACGGGUGACAGUGUGAGUGCGUGUGCAUGCAUGUGUGUGUGUGUGUGUGUGUGUAUGUGUGGCAUGCGCUGACAAAUGUGUCCUUGAUCCACACUGCUCCUGGCAGAGUGAGUCACCCAAAGGCCCCUUCGGCCUCCUUGUAGCUGUUGUCUUUCCUUUUGUUGUUGGUUUUAAAAUACAUUCACACACAAAUACAAAUUGACAGGUCAAAAUCCAUGAAAUGAGAUGCCCCCAGCCGUGUCCUCCAGCCCAGCCCUGACCCCUUGGUUUCUACCCUGGCUGGACCGGCCCCUGUCUGCCCUUCUCCCUCCCGCUUCUGAGGUCAAGCUCUGGCCUGCGAGCCUGUCCCCAUUGCAAAGGGGAGGGAGGGCAGGGAGCUGUCUACCGGCUGAGGUCCUCCCAAAACUGGGCCGAUGUGGUGUGACAUCCCCACCAGCUUCAGAUGAGACGGGCCAGGACGCCCAGCCACAGCAAGCCCUGUCCCUUUGCUGGAUCCCCAAACACUAGAGAAACUCUCCUAACCCAAGGCAGAGAAUGAAGGUGGCGGCGGCGGAGGAGGAGGGCAGCAGCUGAGAGGCCAGGGACAGGGUGCCUCGCCAAGCUGUCUGAGGUCUGUCCCCGGUGGCCCAGGUGGUGCAGGUAGAACAGGGUGAGGAGAGGGGGUCGGCUCAGCAGGAGGAGGCUGUGGCUGGAGAGCCUGGGGGAGCUUUUAGGUGUUGAGAUGGGGCAGCUCUGAAUCCUAGACCCUGGAAUAGCCUGUCCCUUUUCUCUGGGUCUCGUGGUGGAGCCAUGGUCUGGGCUGCUCUCUUGGGGACACUGGGCGGUGGUUACACAGUUGAUCUCUGCCUGGCUCCCCCUUGGUGCAACUCCUGCCUCCAUCCCCCUUGCUGGGGUCCCCUCAUCCACUUGAGGGCGCCUGAGGGCCAGGAGCAGCAGGCAAGGAGCCUGGGUCUAGGCUAAGGGGGUGUGUGCCCACCUCCUCCCUGACCCUUAACACUCCUGUCCUGCCCAGACCAACAGGAGACCUGUCCCUGAGACACCAGAGAGAAGCAGCUGUCGAAAGCUGCAGACUUCCCGCGCUCUGAGACCAUGAUCUUCCUCCUGCCAGGGGAGAGCCACCCACAGGCCAUGUCCAGCCCCACUUCCCUCAGCCCCCAGGGCUGCCUUCUGGCCCCUCUGAGGAUUCCCUAGGGCUGCCCCAGCAGAGGGGCUUCCCCAAGCUCUGUUUCGAAGCCUGCAGUGUGGAAAAGUGAGAAGUCAAAGGGAACGGGACAGGUGCAGCCGGGCUCUGGGGCCACACCUCACACCUCGCUGUUCCCCGACAUCCCUUGAGCAGUGUGAGCUCAUCUCACCAGAUGAGAAGAGGCCCUGUGCAUUUCUUUUGUUUGUUUGUUGCUGUUUUCCACCACCCAUCCAGUUCUCCUCAGCAAAGCAAAUUCCUUAACACCUUUGGUGGAGAAUUUCUUACCCAGACUUGGGGCUGUGAUGCCCUUCAGUGCGUGGUGAGUGCAGCGUGUGUGCGUGUGCCUGUGUGUGAACCUGGGGGCCAUCCUGGUGGCCUGGGAGUGUGAGGAGGGGCCCCCUGUGUGUUGGGUGGGUGGCGGGUGUGGGGUCAAUGCAGUGAGGCUCUCUGGGUGAGGCUCCCAACCUGGCAGUCCCCAGCCUCCCAGCAUCUGCGAGUGUCUAUUGGACUUUACAGAAGAGCCUCACCCCGUCUGCCCCUCACUCUGCCCUGGAAUCAACAUCUUCCGAGUCCUUCUUGGUGGAAAUAGCAGAGCCCCACUUAGCUCCAUAAACUGCUUCCCAUUCCGCAGCCCAGUUCUGAUUGUUGAGGUGUCGCGUCGUUCCAGGUCCCCCAGUCCCCUCUUUCUCCCGUCCUCUCUCUGUUCUUCACCUCCCCUUCCAGCCCCGGCUCAGUUCAGGGAAAUGCUGUUCCACAUCAGCCCUCUGCUCUCUGAGGCAGCCGCGCCUCUGACUCGGAGCUACUUGAAACUUCUGCUCUUGCUAGGAUUGGAGUCUACCUAUCUCUUCCCUUUGCCCCAGCUGGAGUUCUGGAACUUUCCUCCUCGGGGUGGGGGUGGGGGUCGUUAAGGAUGCUGGGGGGCCUGGGGAAGGAAGGAGUUCAGAGGAAGGGUGUCUCCUGUCCUCUUGAUGUUGCCCUCCGCUCUUGGGGCACGUGCUCUCUCUGUCUCUGGGUCUUCUGGCUGUGCACGUUUGUGUGUCCUUGUAAAUAUGUUUUAGGAAGAAAGCAAAAAGGAUUGAAGUCGCCUCUGGCAGGAUUGCAGGGGUCCAGCCUUGCCUGUCUCCGAAGCCCCCACACUGUCUUUUGCCCCACUGAGACUGGGCCCCUCAAAAGGUAGACAAAACAGCAGCUGCCAGUGGGGCUGAAGGUCGGCCUCAAAGUGGCUUUUUGUUAGACAAGGUUAAGGCUUCCUCAUGAGCAAGGUUGCAGAUCGGUCCUUCCUCAGCUCCUUGAUUUGUGACCUUGACCAAGGGGCCUGCCACCCAGCCCCUCCAGUGCCCUCUCCUCGAUGCCUCACUCCUUCCUGCCUCCAUUCCCCUGGCUUAGGCAAGUAGGGGAAUUAGGGCCAUGCUGGAAGAAGCUUAACCACGUGUUCAAAGAACGGUUUCUUGCUUGCUUAGUCCUGGAACUCCCCUUGGCUGCCCCAGGCCUCCUUAGCCCAUGGGUGCUGGGGGAGGUGGAUGUCAGAUCUGGUAGUUUGGAGAAGAGAAAAUAAAUGUGCCUUGAGAGACCACUCAGAGGGGGUCCAAGGGUGAUGGAGAAGGAAGCAUGGCCUGAGAGCUUGGAAGGGAGGGGUGGUGGGUGGCGGCAUCUUGACUGCCCCCUGUUGUCCCACACGUGGGGGGUGGUCACCCCCCUUCACUCCAGCCCGCCUGGCUUCAGCCUUUCAUGAGCUUCACCUGCUUCCAACUUCACCUUGGAGGGGGUGGGGUCCGUUGGCAUCAACACGGGGACCCUCUGCUUCACCAAAGCCCAAGCCCUCAGCCCUUGGGGAGAACAAAUGGCUGAGCUUUGACACCUGGGGUCAUCGAGAGGCUGCGGGCUGGCGGCAGUCCCAGGGGAGAGACACCGCAGAAGGAGACCCAGACAUCCCGAGGAAGUUCCCAGCAGAGCGAACUGCUUUCCAGCCUGAAGCCUGCUUAAACUGUGUGAUGUGCAAUAACUGAGCUUAGAGUUAGGAAUUGUGUUCAAGUGCUUGGAUUUCUGUCUGUAGAUUUAACUGCUGAAAUCGUAUCUCUCAGUAAUUUUAGAUGUCUUUAAAAAAAUUGAAAAACAAAGUGUUAGACUGUGUGUGUGUGCGUUGAUGGGCACUCAAGCGUCCCGUGAGUCAUCCAGCCCUGCCUUUCCCCUGCGCCCCCAUCCUCUCACGUCCCGCCCCGCCUCCACUUGGGGACCCUGCCUCGUGUCGUCUUUAUCUGCCUAUUACUCAGCCUAAGGAAACAAGUACACUCCACACAUGCAUAAAGGAAAUCAAAUGUUAUUUUUAAGAAAAUGGAAAAUAAAAACUUUAUAAACACCA